AUGGCGCAAGAGAAUUUGAAGGAUGUGAAUGCCAUUGUGACACAAAGUGUGAAUAUCUUCCAUAUUGCAAAACAGCCAGAAGAUGAUGACGAGAGCCACCAGACAUACAUGAUUGAGUCACUCAUGGAUAUGGGAGUUUCUACAGCCCAUGAUUUUGAUCCCCUUGAGUAUUUUCUUGUUAAUUCUGAGUUUAAUUCUAUCAGUGAUUUAUCUGAUGUAGUUGAUAUUUGUGCUAUUUUUUAUAGAACUCAGGAUUAUGGCACUCGGGCAUGGCAACUGAAGUUUGAGGAGUUGCCUAAGAAAAAUGAUAAACAAAUUCCUUCAAGUGUGGAAGCACCCAAAGCUGAAUUGAAGCCUCUACUUAAGGGUUUAAAGCAUGCUUUCCUUGGUCCAGGUGAUAUUUUUCUUGUUACUAUCUCAUCUGAAUUGUCUGAGUCUCAAGAUGAGAAAUUAAUUCGAACUCUAAGUGAGCAUAAGUCAGCCUUAGGUUGGAGCAUUACUAAUAUAAAAGGUUCUAGUCCCCUGGUCUAUUCUCAUAAAAUUAAUUUGGAGGAAGGAACUAGCCCUCGUAGAGACCCCCAACGUAGGCUUAAUCCCACUAUGAAAGAAGUGGUGAAGAAUGAAGUGUUGAAACUAUUAGAUGCAAGAAUCAUAUAUCCUAUUGCUGAUAGUAAAUGGGUAAGUUCUACACAGGUUGUUCCUAAAAGGUCAAGUGUUACUGCAGUGAAGAAUGACUUGGGACAGUUAGGGAGGAUAAAGGUUGAUCAAUCUAAGAUUGAAUUAAUCUCUAAGUUGCCUACACCUAGGACAGUAAAGGAUGUGAGAUCCUUUCUUGGUCAUGCGAGCUUUUAUAGGAGGAUCAUACAGAAUUUUUUCACCAUAUCUAGACCAGUAUGUGACCUCCUAGCUAAAGAUGCCCCAUUUGAGUGGACACAAGCUGUCAAAGGUGCUAUUGUUGGACAGCGAAGGGAGGGGAAGCCUUUUGUCAUUUACUAUGCUAGUAGAACUCUAAAUAGUGCUAAGAUGAAUUACUCUACCACUAAAAAAGAGUUACUAGCUGUAGUGUUUGCUCUGGAUAAGUUUUGUGCUUACUUGAUUGGUUCUCCCAUUAUUAUUUUCACAGAUCAUGCAGCCCUAAAGUACCUUCUUACAAAUAAGGAUGCUAAGGCGCGACUAAUACGGUGGAUUUUACUUUUGCAGGAAUUUGGCAUCACUAUCAAAGACAAAAAAGGAGUGGAGAAUUUAGUGGCUAACCAUCUCUCGAGGCUCACAUUUGAGGACACAUCUGACCACCUACCAAUCAGGGAUGAUUUUCCUGAUGAGCAUUUACUUUCUAUUACUUGUCUACCAUGGUUUGUUCACAUUGUGAAUUAUCUGGCUGCAUGUGAGAUACCGAUGGAUUGGAGCUCUCAGGAUAAGAGGAAGUUCAUAACUGAGGUUUCCAUCUUUGGUGCUUAG